UCCCUCCAAAUCCGUCAAAACCAAUUUUUCAUAACAAGAAAUAUCCAUGAAUUUCCGUCUCUCCUUUUCUCUAUUGCUUUCCUCCUUCAAUGGAGAAUAAUAAUUGGUUCCAUAAUGGCGCCUCCGACGGCCGCUUUUUUCCUUUGGUACGAUCGGCGGCAUCUUCGUCACCGUCCAGAUCCGCCGGCGACAAUAAUUGCAUACACCACACUGUUUCCAAAUUCGACACGCUCCCCGGAAUCGCCAUCAAAUACGGCGUCCAGGUGUCUGAUAUAAAGAGAUUGAAUGGAUUGACGGCGGAUUUCCAAAUGUUUGCCCUGAAAACGCUCCAGAUUCCGUCCGGCGGAUGUCCGCCUUCCCCUGACUCCUCCUGCAAUGUCCACACCACUCCCCAAAGGAGGAGAAGCUUGGAUGUGUAUUACGAAAAAAAUAGUGAUUUCUUGCAUUCAUUUCACUCACUCAAAUUAAAACCAUCUUCUUCUUCUUCUUCGCCAUAUCCGCCGCUCCCGCAAACCCAUUGCGGUUUCAGACAGCCCCCCUCCACCGCCACCGCCGGAGAAGGCUUCCAGAUGGCUACAUACCGUGUCGAUGGCCACGUGGAGGCCGGGGACGGGCAGCCGUACACAAACCCGCCGCUGGCACACCACCGGAGAUCCAAAAGCAUAGCCAGCGGCCUUAUGUUGUCGGGGAACAACCACCUCGAUCCACCGUCGCAAGAGGCGGAGAUCGGCAGCGGAGGCGGCUCCGACAGGCUGGUCCGCCGGCGCCAGAAAUCCGUGCCUGAUUUUUCGUGCUACCCGCCACCGGAGAAGGUUCAGAAGGAGGCUCCCGCUCCCGGAACUGUUUCGGCGGUCGCGGGCAAACGGGUAGCUCUCAGGUCGAAGUCAAGCAGCGGCCGGGCAGACGGCGAAUGGGGGGGCGGGCAGAUGAUUCCGGCGGCGGAUGGGUUCCCAAAUGACAUCGGCGUGCGGAAUUGUGAUGGUGGGUCGCUGUCGUCGAUAUUUCCGGCGUCGGUGUGGAGUUUGAAGCAGGACUUUCAGGCGAUCUCGUCACCCAUUUUUGACGGCCUGCAGCAGAAGCCCGCCGGGAGAAGGAAUAAGGCUGCCAUUGAUUAAAUAUUUAUAUACAUACAUAAGUACAUAUACAUGCACGUGUUUUGUUAGUUAUUUUUAUCUAUAAAUUGAAAUAUGUCAAUAAUAUAUAUACUUCUGUUGAAUUUAAA